UCCAUCCCUUAUCUAUGCAACUCGCUUUCGACCCACUUCCCCUCGGAGCUACUUCGGCAACUCACCCCUUACCAACCCCCUAACGUAUACCCUCUAAAUCUCGAUGAGUUUCAGUCUAGUUUCGUACCUCCGAGCGAUCGUCUUAAACGAUUUCUUUCUCUCUCUCUCUCUCUCUCUUUUUCUGUCCUCCUCUCUUUUCUUUCUCUUAUAACUUUGUUUAAAGUAAUGUUGGGCGACUCGUUAAAGUCGAUUGUUUUUUUCGAAAGUUACAUCAGGGUGUCCAAGCCAAGAUUUAAAAACGAAGAGGAAAGAUUGCAAUUGAUAAAGGAUAUUCAAGAAGAAAUUCACUUGGAGAGGAGCAAAGUCGAACGGGAAAUUCUACUGGAGGAGAGCCAAACGGCUAUGCGAAAAAUCCAAUUGGAGGAGACGUGUUUCGUGACUCACGAAAAUAAAAAGGCCUUUGCGGAUCACGUUUUUGCCACCGAGGAAGAGGAAAACUGGAUUAUGUACUUGACGUGUGAUAAUUUACCGCACGUCGGAGAAAUAUCCGAAAUGAAUACAUUCAUAUUUCUCUGGUCGUUGGAGGACGAAGAUUUAAAUAUGGAACUGGUUGUGAAAAAAAACGAAGUCAUACAAUACUUGUUGCUGCAGCUCGACGAGAUCAUCAAGUUCUCGUUAAUGAGACCUGCCGAUUACAUAGAAGAAUGUAAAAUGGUUAGGCAAAGUUUCAGGACAAAGUUGCAAAAUUGGAUAGACCAAGCUUGUUACCGGCUUUUACGUCAGAUCGAGAGAGAUAUGCUUAGGGUGGAUCUGAAGAACGCGACUUACGUCAAAAUAACGAAGCAACUCAUUUGUUGCAUAUGGGCUUUGAUCAAGCUACCGAUCAGUAUUAAAGAAAUAGGGACGGAGAUUAGGAACGAUUCGUUUGAUCCGUUUGACAGAAACUCGAUCGAGGUCCACUUCGAGGAAAUCAAUCUGACGGUGAAGAUACCACCGGACAUUGAUUGCUAUUGCAUGGCUAUCCGUGGACUGUGGCUCGAGUACGAUCACUAUUCUGACAUUGGGACCUCUUACGUCAUGCCGGAAAUACCAGAGGAAUAUCAAAUGAAGAUGGACCUUGUCACUUUUUGCUCCGAGGAGAACGAAACGAAAGAGAGGAUACGCGCCGAACAAGUCGAGGGACGUCGAUUGAGGAUGGAAGAAAAGAAAGCUAUGCUCUGGAAAUUGGAGAAUCCGGCACCGGUAGUGCCGAUAAAGUUAGAUAGGAGAGGAAGAAAAGCCGGUAAUCAGUACGGUCGGUUGAAGAGAUCGGAACCGGAACAGGAAGUAGAAUCGCUACCGUAUCUACCGACUCCGAACGAAAUCAUUUUGUCGAAAGAAGAGGAAUCACGGAAGGAACUUAGAAAGUUGUUGUUCACCAAAUGCGAAAAGACGGAAGUGAAUCUACGAAAGUAUAAAAUCUUAGGUGGAAUUUAUCACAUAGAUCUCGUUUAUCAGCCGCCUCAGCCUAAGGACAUGCGAAGAGAUAUAUUUCUUAGCACUCUGGAAAUUCCGAAAGAACUGAAGCACGUACCGUUUUAUAAACCUUACAAGGCACCUCCGCCGAUACCACCUACCGAGAGGACACCGGAAGUCAUCGAGAAUGAGAUGAAGGCUUUGGAAACUGCGAUGGAGGCUCUUGUAUUGGUUACGUUAAAAUUACCCGAUACGGUUUUAUGGUUCGAACCACCGUUGGUGGCUCAUUGGAUUUCUGAGAGAAAUAUCUGGUCGACCCAAGACAUCCACGACAUAAAGUUCAACGAAGAUAAACAACAGAUCACAUUCCGCACCGGCAGAUUCGGAAUUCAUGGUCUAGCGGCAUAUAAACUGAUCAAUUUGCCAUUUCAAAGUUGGGAACUCAAGCCAGAAAUGGGAAGGAAUAGUGGCGGUGGAGUAACUCUUAACAUAACAGCUGCUACCGUGCAAGCGGAAUUUAUCGUCAGGGACGAUUCGGUAUGUUUGAACUCGCUAGUCGGCGGCACCUCGUCGGCGCUUCAAAAUAUCAUUGGCCAAUAUAUGAAGUUGAAUAAUUUAAUAAACGAAAUGCGAAAAGGUGGCUGCGACUUAUUUCCGGAACAAGAUGCGGCGAGUUACAUAAAAGGACUUUCGGUGAAGCAUCCAGUAGCUCAGAAACAUUUGCAAGAAUGCAUAGGUCUAUUGUGUACGGCUUAUACAUUUUCCUGGUCUAGGUGGAACAUAAAGAGACCUUCGCGCGAAAUCGUCCUGCAAUUUAAGGAAGUGCAUGGAUGCGUCGCCAAAGAGCGUACGAAUAUCACACUUUUAGUGACGCCUUUACAAACGAUCGCUGUUCAAUGUACCGAGGUCAGCCCAGAAUUUUCCAACGUUCCUAUAGAUGGCGAUAGUGCGAAGUUUUACGCCGAUCUAUAUCAUUUGGCAUUGCACAAUGCUGGAAUAAAAAGUCAUCUGCUAAUAAAAGAUAUCUCGUACAAGCUUGCUCUAACGGUCGCAAACUUGCUACAAAGUACAAACGUGAUAAGUAUGUCGUCCUGAAACUCUGUUAUCUCCUAUUUUAUAUCGUUAUCGUCGAUGAGAAUCGUCGAAUAAAGAAGAAAAAAUAUUCAAAUAAAAAAAAAUAUAUAUAUAUAUGUACGUAUA